AAAACUUGACAACACUUGUCGUGUUGUGUUGUUUUCGUUAAUUCCUGAAUUGUUUCCCGCUUUCUCGUGGUAAUUACUGAUACAAACAAAAUGAGCACCGCUGUGGAAGUGGCCAACAAGGUGCCGGGAAAGUUGGCCAACUACUUUGCGCUGCAGUCAGCGUUUGAGAAAGCCCUGGAACUGGCCAUCACCGACGGCAAAGUGGAUCUGUUGGUAAAAGAGUACAAUAGCUUUACAGCUAACACCGAGCAUGACAAGCGCCUGCCGAUGGACCAUGCGUUCCGAGUGCUCCUGAUGAAGCGGCUGGACGACGAUGUGCAACGCAUCGGCGAGUUGGUGCGCCUCUCUGUAGACGCUACGCGGACCGAAACUGUGUCUAACACCAUUCCGGUCGUGCUGCUCAUCGACACCUUCGACGUAGUCACGCUGGACAAGUGCCAAGAGAUCUUUCGGUUCGUCGAAGAGAUGGUGGAGGUGUGGAAGGAGGAGAUCUUUUUUGCCUCAUGCAAGAAUAACAUCCUUCGUAUGUGCAACGAUCUACUUCGUCGCCUCUCACGCACCCAGAACACAGUUUUCUGCGGACGCAUCCAGCUCUUCCUGUCGAAAUUCUUCCCCUUCUCUGAGCGCUCUGGCCUAAACAUCGUGUCUGAGUUCAACCUCGAUAAUUUUACGGAGUACGGACUGGAUAGCAAGGACCACGACGAGAGCGAUAAUAAGGAACUGGAGGACACCGCUGAGGAUAUUCCGCUAAAGAUCGACUAUGACCUCUACUGCAAGUUCUGGUCGCUGCAGGACUUCUUUCGGAAUCCCAAUCAAUGCUACAACAAAGCUCAGUGGAAGAUGUUCCAGAUGCACGCGCAGAAUAUACUGCAGUCCUUUUCGAGCUUCAAACUGGAAGACGUGCGACAGAGUAGCAGCGACAAUGCUAGUGAUAGUGGUCACGCAAUGGAGGUGGACGAAGAGGCCGUUGAUGCUGCUGCGGUGACCGCCGUAGUCAGGGCGAACCACUUUUUCGCUAAGUUCCUGACCAAUCCAAAGCUUCUAGCACUACAGCUAUCAGACGCCAAUUUCCGGCGUGCUGUUCUAGUGCAGUUUCUUAUUCUCUUUCAGUACCUUCAAGUCAGUGUAAAGUUUAAAAGCGAUACUUAUACUUUGACCACAGACCAGGCAGACUUCAUUAAGGAAACAGAGUCUCGUGUCUAUAAGUUGUUAGAGGAGACCCCUCCAUACGGCAAACGGUUCUCUCGAACUGUACACCAUAUGCUGGUGCGUGAGGAGAUGUGGAAUAACUGGAAAAAUGAGGGCUGUAAGGAGUUCAAAAAGCCGGAGGAGCCUGCCGCGAGUGAUGAUGACUUAAGACCACCUACUAAGAGACCAAGACGUGCAUUGGGCGACGCACUACGCGAUGCUGCCCGCAACGGCAAGUUCUUUUUGGGAAAUGAUAACCUUACUCGUCUGUGGAACUACUCUCCGGAUAAUCUACAGGCCUGCAAAAGCGAACAGCGUAACUUCCUGCCACAGUUGGAAACAUAUUUAGAGACGCCGCAUGAGAAGAUCGACCCAGCCUUUGAGUGGCGAGCCUUGCGUUUACUUGCUCGCCAAACACCACAUUUCUUCACAUCGCUCUCACAACCAUCGAGCAAAAUCUCCGACUAUUUAGAGCAGGUGCGCAAGCGUCUCAUCCGAGACAAGGAGCCCAAGCCUGCAGCUCUGCUAUCCAGCAACUCUUCGGAUAACAAUUUUGGUCUGUCGGUCAAUAAUGCCCAUGCAGAGGGCGAGCAGGAUGCUACGGUGGCUCUCCAGGACGCUGAACCAGAGCAGGAUCUCGAAGUAGAAGACAACGAACCCGUGGUAGAGGAGGUGGAUGAGGUGCCCGCGCACGAGAAACCACUUAUGGUCACCAAAGAGCACAUCCAAGAGGUGGCACCAUUGAUAGGCGAGCCCUGGAUGAAGGUCGGCAAAAAAAUUGGCUUUACCAACGACGAGCUGCUCUUCUUCCAAAUGGAGCACCCUACGGCGAACGUGGCCUGCGUCCAAAUGCUGACUAACUGGAUUUCCGAUGAUGACGAUGCCACUUUGGACAACUGGGCGUAUAUGCUCGAGGGAUUGGAGAUGAAUAAGGCUGCGGAAGCGGUAAAGGCUAUUAUAGAACGGGAAAAGUCGGGAUCGACUGCAGCGUCAACUGUGCCUUCUGCCCCCAACGACGAAGUUGAAGUGCUGUCCGAUUAAAAUUUCCUGGCCGACGACCCACCCAAUUUAUAGUCUACUUGAUAUUCGUUCCAAUCAUCAAAUUUCUUUAUCACAAGUAAAAGUAUGGGAAUGCUCACUGUUAUCAACCACA